AUGGCAGAUGUCGCCAAGACCAGCGCCGUGCAGGUCGGCGAGGACGGUAAUGACAAGAAGAUUGUUAGUGUUGCCGCUUUCGACAACGACGGACCCGAGUCGCCAAUCCUUCCCGAACCAGACAAGGCGGAGUACGUGAAGGGACAUCCUGUCAUCAAGAACGGUGAGAGUCAUCUCUUCCGCUAGUGAUCACUUCUUGUUGGCUGAUCACGCAGGCCUCGAUGUCUCGCGCUUCCUCAUAUCAACGCAGGAUAAUGGCGAUCCCGCACUCACGUUUCGCGCAAUCGUCCUUGGAUCGAUCUUCACGGCUCUCUCGAGUGUCAUCACGAUGCUGUAUGAGUUCAAGCCAGUCCAGGUGCAGGUAUCGGCGGUCUUCAUACAGCGUGAGUCUCCCUCUCUCCACGGCAUAGCGCUGAUGGCCAAGUCUGACUGAAUGCUCUCGCAGUUCUCGUCUUCGUCUUUGGAGAAGCCUGGGCUAUCUUCACUCCUAAACCAACUCGCUUCAAAUGGCCUUCGCUUCAACGGCUCUUAACUUUCCUUAAUUUCGGUCAGCCUUUCGGGAUCAAGGAACACGUUGUUGCCGCUCUCAUUGCUUCUUCGGGAAACAACGGACUUGCAGGCGUGGAAGUGUACGCUGUCGAGCGCCUCUUCUACGAUCGAACCGUGUCUGCUUCUACGGUCGUUCUGGCUACUUUCUCCAUCUCGCUCUGCGGUUUCGUUCUGGCUGGCAUCCUUCGACCACUUAUCGUCUAUCCAGCCGAGAUGGUCUAUUGGAGUACCCUGCCACAGGUUGUGCUUUACCAGAACCUCCAUCUUGAUCGGAAGCAGAACAGAGAUCGUCUGAAGAAGUUCGGAUGGGCUCUUGGGGCGGCUGCUUUGUGGGAGAUUUUCCCGGCAUAUAUUGUCACUUGGUUUGGAGGUCUUUCGGUCUUUUGCCUUGCCAGUAUCAAUGCACCAGAGAAUACGCGUACCGUCUUUUCCACCAUCUUCGGCGGAGCCAGUUCCAACGAGGGCUUGGGACUCUUCAACUUCUCGCUAGACUGGCAGUAUAUCCAGAGUCUCUACCUUUCUUUGCCACUGAAGCAGCAAGUCAACACUUGGAUCGGCUACGGAAUCUGGUAUGUGAUGAUGGCCGCACUCUUCUAUGGAAAUGUCUGGAAUGCGAAGAAAUUUCCGUUCAUGUCGAGCUCUCUAUUCCAGAGCAACGGCACAGUGCUCGAGGUAACUUCUAUCGUCAACGCCGAUAACAUCGUCGACUACGCGAAGCUGGCAGAAGUCGGCACUCCGCAUCUGACCUCGAGCUCGGUUUGGGGCUACUUCACACAGACAGUCGCCAUCGGUGCUCUGAUCACACAUGUCACAAUCUUCUACGGUAAAGACAUGGUUCGCGCUUGGAAAGAAGCUCGCAAUCGCGCCCAACCAGAUCCUCACUACCAAGCUAUGCUCCGCUACAAGGAAGUGCCAUAUUGGUGGUACGUGACUCUGUUCGUGCUGUGCUUCGUCGCCGGUAUCAUUGUCAACGCGAAAGGCGAGACGAGUCUUCCAGUCUGGGGAUACAUCAUCUCGCUUCUACUGGGGGCUUUCAUUGCGCCUUUCUCCUGCAUCCUGUACGGACUGUACGGAACUGGAGUUAGCACGAAUUUGAUUUCGAAGAUGGUGGCCGGAGCCGUACAUCCCGGACGACCAUUGGCGAAUUUGUACUUUGCGUCGUGGUCGCAUCAGGUCAUUCUGCUGGCUGUGAAUUUGGCCAACUGGUUGAAGGUGGGACAGUACACAAAGGUAAGCAUGCCUCCGCUCUGCUGAGUUUCUUUCUAGUCUGCUAACGCCUCUGCUUAGGUCCCUCACCGCAUCAUGUUCUGGACCCAAAUCUAUGCCACUCUCCUCGGCGCCGGUCUCAACUACGCCAUCAUGAUCACGAUCGUCAAUUCAAAAAGAGAGAUCCUCCUCAAUCCUAUUGGAAAUAGUGUUUGGAGCGGCGCGAACAUGCAAAGUCUCAACUCUCAAGCCAUCACCUGGGCCCUCGCAAAGGAAAUCUACGGUGCACACGGCCGAUACAUCAUCGUCCCUCUCGGUCUCGUCAUCGGCCUCGCACUUCCAGCUCUCCACUGGGGCCUCAUCAAGCUCGUUCCAAGAUUGCGAGAUGUACCGAUCAACACGGCUAUCAUCGCGGCUUACUCGGGCCUGUACUACGUCGGCAGCACGAGCUGGAUCUGGUCCACGAUUGCCGUCGGGUUCUUCUCACAGGUGUACCUGCGGAAGAGGUUUCCGGAAAUUUUCAACAAGUAUAACUAUCUGAUCGGUGCGGCGCUGGAUGGAGGUGUACAGUUGGUGAUUUUCAUCUUGUCCUUUGCCGUGUUCGGCGCGAGCGGGAAAUCUCAUGCUUUUCCUACUUGGUGGGGAAAUCCCGCGGGGAAUCCGGAUCACUGUUUGUGA